GCACAUUAUAGAAACACGUGCACUAAACAUUUCUAUGAAAUAGUUUCAUUUCAUAACUUCGUUUCCAGCAAUUUCAUGCCAAAGACACGCGAUGUUUUUACAAAAGUCUAUCAGCUUUGCAAAGCACGAGGCUUUGUGUUCGAACGAAGUGUCAGUUUACCUGGAGAACAUGUUUUUUCAGGGCUUGAUUAUGGACCACUUGGUGUUGAAAUAAAGAGAAAUUUAUAUGAGGAAUGGUGGCGUGAAAUUGUCACAUCAAGGGAAAAUGUUUAUGGUCUCGAUCUAGCCUGGCCUGCGGUAAACAAUCUCAAAAUUCAGUCUGAAGAGGUCAGCAAACUGAAUAAUUCCAAAUAUCAGCAUUUAGGUGAAUAUUUGACAGACACAUAUCAUUAUGCUUGUAAACUUUUCAAAAAUCAAGACACAAAUCAAACUCAAAACUCUAUUGGAUUGGCACAGAGUUUGACCAUAUUACAGAGUGACAAUGCCACCACUAAUGAAUUCAUGUUUAGAGCACAGGUUAAGGAAUUUUUCAAGCUGUGUUUUUUCUGUGAAUCAAACAAAGUGAAUUACUGGAUGGAUUACUGGAUGAGAAAACGGUUAUCAUGGUGGAAGAAAUAUGCUGAUAUUCCUGCAGAAAUUACAUUGGUUGAUAAAGAUUACAGAAAUCAAUUCUUUCAGUCUAGUGAUGAGAACUUAUUAGAUACUAUGUCAGUUCAAUUUAAUUUUCCAUGGGGAGCGGAAGCAGUUGAAUGUAUCUCAAGUUAUUCCGAGAUGAAGAAACUAACAAAGCAGAUUCCAAGUCAAGAUGAUAUAAACUUGGGUGUAGUCAUAGCAACAUUAAGUGUGGAAAGAGGAAUUCUGGCAUACCUGUUAGAUGCUUAUCAUGAAACUGAGUAUCUUGAUUUGAUGGGAAACACAACUAACCAUAGUAAGCUGCGAUUGCAUCCAGCAUUGGCUCCAGUCAAAGUUGCUGUCCUUUCAGAUAAUGCAAUUAACACAGAUUUAGGGCGGGUAGCUCGUCAGCUUACAACCGAAUUACGCCAAGCAGGUAUAACUAGCCAUUAUUUCGAAGUGGAGAGAAGCUCUGAUAUGUUAGAUAAAUACGCCUGCCAACAAGAUGAAAUUGGCACACUAUAUACAGUCACUGUGCAAGACUCAACUCUCACUAAUGGUAUUGUUACAUUACGGAAUAGAGAUACAACACUAAGUGAAUUUCUGCACAUAUCUGAAGUACUCAAAACUGUACAAAGACAUUUAGAUAGUCAGUAGAUGUCAAAAGGCUAAUUCAAUGCAA